AUGUCCAACACCCCCGUUACAAACCCCGUCAAUUGGCUCGACAGCCUGCUAGGAAACUCGUCGCCGGCCGUGCAGUCUCCGACCCAGAGUGGCUUCGAGGCGGCUGCACCGGAAGGCUACACCACGCAGCAGGUGCUCGACGUGUACAACAGGAUGACGCAGACCGGGCGAUUGCAGAUCGACCCGAACGCAGCAGCCGCCAACUCGGCCAGAGCGUCGUCGCUGCACACCCCGUUGUCCGUGGAGCUGCUCAACGGCUCCUCUGCCAAGGCGGCGGCGGCGCCAGGACCAGCAGCACCGUCUGCUGCGGCGUCUGCUGCAGCCUUGCACCUCCACCACCACCAACCGCACCAGCUUGACUCGCCCCAGUCCACGUCGGCAACCUUGGGGAACCCAUCGUCUGCCCUGAACUCCUCGCAGGCCACCCCGAAACAGUCUUUCGUCAGCACAAACCCUUUACUAAGCAACAUGGCCGCCGGAAUCAACAGACUCGGCUCCUCAACUCCGGAGAUCUCCCACAUCGACCAUGACAUGGCAAAGUUUGUCCAGCCGGCAGCCGUGCAGUGGUUCUACCAGGACCUCGCAGGCACGCAGCAGGGGCCUUUUGACUCGCUCACGAUGCAGCAGUGGUAUUCGACAGGCCUUUUGGUGAGCACCCUGCCCGUCAGGCGAGAUGGUGAAGCAAACUGGCUCACCAUUUCGGACCUCUGGAAGAAAUGUAAAUCGUUGCCCAACUUCGACCCAGACCUCGCUCCGUUCAACCAGCCUUUGCCCGUCUCCCUCAUCCACCAGCCUUCUUUGCUCACCCCGUCGGGCCUGCAUAACAACUCCAUGCUACAUCCAAACCCACUGACCUCUUUCAACUCCGCCUCAAGCAUUUUUGGAAGCGCAAACAACUCCCAAUUCUUCAAUCCAUUGUCCUCCCUCUCCAACAACAACUGGCCUCAGUCUCCACUCAAUGAAACUUCGCCAAAGCCAAUCGACCCCACCGUCAACACCAAUGAAGGCAGCAAAGAACCAGCAAAGGACAAUGACCAUCCGGCAACCCUAGACUCUCGCUCCAAUUCCAACUUCAACUCUUUUGGCGUCCCUAAUAUGAGCCCAAUGAACAUGAACCCAAUGAACAUGAAUCAACUUGGCAUGAAUCUCAACUCCCUCAAUCUAAAUAUGGGCGGUAUGAGCGGCAUGGGCAUGGGAUUGAGUCCGAUGGACAUAAACUCUAUGAAUCCCAUGGGGCUCAACCCAAUGGACAUGAACGCAAUGAAUAAUAUGUAUAUCAACCCAAUGAACCCUUUGAGCCAAAUGAACAUGAACCAUAUGAAUUCGCUAAACCCUCUAAAUCAGAUGAACACUAUGAUGAAUAACGGAUUAGGCAGCAGAUCCAAUAGUGGCAUGAACAACAUCUCGAUUCCGGGUUUAAACGCAAACUCUCUGAACAGCGUUAAUAUGGAUGGCUCCAUGGGCUUGAACGAUCUCAGCAUGACGGGAAUCAACAAUAUCGAUGUUGCCAACAUGGACCCCAACAGUUUUUUCAAGAUUGGCGCUGAUCCACAUGUAUCCAAACUAGUUCCAAGUACAACAACCACUGAACACGGUGAAACAUCCGUACAGAGGGAAGUUGAUGAACCAAGUAAAGCAGCACCAGCUCUAGAAGCUAAGGAACAAGCCACAGAAAUUUCUAAAUCUCAUUAUCAAACAAAGAACACUUCGAAUUUUGAAGAUCAAGUUAAAAUUGCUAAGCAGCAACAUUACAAUGUUGCAAGAGAGAAGGAAAUUAAUGAUAUGAAGGCAAGAGAAGAAGAAAAGAAAAAAGAAGCAGAUGAGAUGAGGAGAAAAUUGAUUGAAGAAAAUGGGAAAGAAGCGCAGAGACAAAUCGAAUUGAAGAGAAGAGAGACAGAGGAGACUCAAAAGCGUGCUGUUCUUGAAGCAAUGAAGUUGGAAGAACAUAUGAAAUCUUUGGAACUUGAAAACAAGAAGAAGUUGAAACAGCAACAAAAGUUGAAAAAUCAGGAACAACAGCAAAAACUCAAGAUCGCCGAUGAAUCUGCUUCCACCCCAGAGAGACCAGCUGCAAUGAAGAAGACAAAAUCUGACAUAGCACCAUGGGCAACUGUAUCUCAAUCAAUUAAACCAUCCAAGACCCUUGAAGAAAUCCAGCAAGAGGAAAAAUCCAAGAGGGAAAUUGAAUUGAAGGAACGUCGCAGACUUGAAGAAAAUGAUCGUCUUCUGGCUUCUCGUCUUGCAUUACAAGAAACUUUGCCAACCGUCAAUGUCAAUGGCAAGACCCUUGUCUCACUAAGUGCAUUGAGCAGCAAUGCUUCUGCUAAACCAAAAUUGCCUUCUAACUCAACUUGGGCAAUCAAUGCAGUCUCACCUCAGUUACCAACAAAGUCUUUGGACGAAAUUCAAGAAGAAGAGUUAGAGGCUGCUCGCAAACAGGCUGAGGCAGCUGCUGUUGCAAAAGUGCAGAAGUCAAUCGCUGAGGCAAUUUCAAACCAACAGAAAACUUUUGCUAACUCCAUUGCAAACGAAAAUUCUUCUACCGAUAAUGCGUGGACAAUAGUUUCCAAGAAACUCAGACCAACAAUUGCUACAGUUUCUUCCCCAUCAAAGGAGAAUGUCACAAAAGGUUCCACUCUGAACCCAUCUACUCUAAGAUCCAUGAGCGCACCUAUGCACAGUACCACCGCGGCCAAACCCAUAGCAGCAUCCGCUACAUCAUCAUAUAUUGCACCAACCGUGCCAAGUGUUUCUAUUUCCAGUUUUCCUCCGCUUGUGAUGGAUUUCCUUGGCUGGUCACGGACUCAAUUGACAGGGCUAUACUCUUCUGUUAACAAGGAAGAUGUGUUACAGAUUAUGAUGCAACUGCCUGUUGGCACGGAAACUCAAGAGAUCAUUGCAGAUACUAUUUAUUCGAAUUCCGGCACUAUGGAUGGCCGUAGGUUUGCUUCUGAAUUUAUGAAAAAGCGUGGAAAAAUUGAAGACACAAUCAAAAAGCGUGGCUGGGCCUUCGAUUGGUUUGAAGCUUUGGAAGGUACCAAAGGUAUGAAAGUUUCCAAGGUCACAUCGAUUGGCAACUCUGGCUUCGAAUCGAGUGCCGACAACGACGACUGGGAUGGCGCAUUUACCGUUGUUUCUCGUAAGAAGGGCCGUAAGGGGAACUAG